AGAGAGAGGACUAAGGGGUAUCCGUUUUCAUGUUAUACAAUCAACGGCACAAACAAUUAAUGUGUGCGAACGUCGAAUUGUUCGUUUGCUCCGCCGGUUUCAUAGAAUGCGUAUAACUAGACUGAAUACACUUCCGCCUGUUGUGCUCUUGGCCAAAGACUAAUCCUCUUUGCUCUUGGCCUUGAUAGAACUUGGAUUGAACCAUAAGUGACCUCCGAUGUCACCGCUAAAAGCCGUGUUUGUAUUAGGUUGGUAUUCCCCGCCAGCGUUCUCGCAGUACCACAACUUGAGAGACAAGGACAGAGUGAAUCAACAAUCCUGCAGCAUGACUGAGACACAAUAUUGCUGACAGUAUUUUCACACAACAAUUGGGUACUGAGUGGUAUGACGAUUGGAAUAACAAAGUGUUGUUGUGUAUAUUACCGGUAUAUAUUCAAUUUGAAGUAGACAAUUGAUCAUUGAUGAUGAUUUUAACGUGUAAUAUCAGUACAUAAAUGGUAAACUACAACAAGAGCUGUGUAUUUUGAAAAAUUCCAAAGCCAGCCUUAACCUUAAAAAAUGAGUUCUAACAAAAAAGUGUCAUACUUCUACAACCCUGACGUGGGUAACUUUCACUACGGACCUGGACACCCGAUGAAACCGCAUAGACUCUCAGUUAUCCACAGUUUAGUGCUGAAUUACGGGCUGCAUAAAAAAAUGCAAAUAUAUAGACCAUAUCGUGCCAGUACCCACGACAUGUGUAGGUUCCACUCGGAUGAAUACGUUGAAUUCUUGCAACGAGUUACCCCCCAAAAUCUUCAAGGAUACACAAAAUAUUUGAGCCAUUUCAACGUAGGCGACGACUGUCCUGUCUUCGAAGGAUUAUUCGACUUCUGUUCCAUGUACACUGGUGCGUCACUGGAGGGAGCAAUAAAGCUAAACAACAACUGUUGCGACAUAGCAAUUAAUUGGUCAGGGGGCCUACAUCAUGCUAAGAAAUUUGAAGCAUCGGGGUUCUGUUACAUCAAUGACAUCGUAAUAGCAAUUUUGGAGCUGCUCAAAUAUCACGCGAGGGUUUUAUACAUUGACAUAGACGUGCACCAUGGAGAUGGAGUCCAAGAAGCAUUUUAUCUGACGGAUAGAGUGAUGACUGUAUCAUUUCAUAAAUAUGGCAAUUACUUUUUUCCUGGUACGGGAGAUAUGUAUGAAAUUGGAGCAGAGAGUGGCAGGUAUUACUCAGUAAAUGUUCCCUUAAAGGAAGGUAUCGAUGACACAAGUUAUGUGCAAGUCUUUAAACCGGUCAUAUCCAACGUCAUGGAGUUCUUUCAACCGACUGCGAUAGUACUACAAUGUGGAGCCGAUUCCUUGGCUAAUGACCGGCUUGGAUGUUUCAGUUUGAGCACCAAGGGCCACGGAGAAUGUGUCAAGUUUGUUAGGGAUUUGAACGUGCCUCUAUUAACGGUCGGUGGAGGCGGAUAUACUUUGAGAAACGUUGCACGAUGUUGGACUUAUGAAACGUCUUUGUUAGUUGACGAGCAGAUAAGCAACGAACUGCCGUAUACAGAAUAUUUGGAAUACUUUGCACCUGACUUCACACUGCAUCCGGAAGUUGUUACCAGACAAGAUAACGCUAAUAGCAAACAGUAUUUAGAGGCAAUAACAAGACAUGUUUAUGAUAAUCUUAAGAUGGUACAGCAUUCGCCGAGUGUUCAGAUGCAGGAUGUUCCAUGUGACGCUCUCCCUCCAGAGGAAGAGAGACAACCCGAACCUGAUCCAGAUUCUAGGCAAAAUCAGCAAGACACGGAUAAACAGGUUGAACCUGCAAAUGAAUAUUACAGCGGUGAUAAGGACCAGGACAAAGCUGAUACAACAGAAACAUGAUUAAAGCUUAUUCAUAGAAAUUGUAAAUAGUAGGAGAUUUUAAGACUAAAAUAAGUAUACAUAGAGGUAUUGACUAAGUGUUAAUAAUUCAUGCAUAUGUAUAAUUGAAUGGCAUUAUGCGAUAAUGAAACAAGUUGAUAUGCCCUGCUUUUGAUUUUGUUAUUUCAAAUGAAUGUUGCAAAUUGCAAUUCCUAGAGAAAAAUUCAGCAUGUACAUUAUAAGGGAAAAAAUGGAA